AUGGGUGGAGAAUCAAUUUUAAAUAGUUUUAAAAAACAUACAAAUAUUAAAUUAUUAUAUUUUUUCUUAUUUUCAUCAUUAUCAACAUUCUAUCCAUUUAUUACAAUUUAUUUAAAUAGUAAAGAAUUGAAACCGUCAAUUAUUGGUAUAAUAACAUGUUUACUUCCAUUUCUUUCAUUUUUAUCGUCACCAUUUUGGACAAAUAUAUCGGAUCGUUUUGGAAUUCAAAAAAAGAUUAUAAUUAUUAAUUCAGUAUUAUCAAUGAUUUUAUUUUUAUUAUUGAUUCCAGCUGGUAAUAAUAUAAUCGCAAUAUUUAUUUUAAUUGGAUUAUUUAGUUUUGUAUCACCACCAAUUUGUCCAAUUAUCGAUUCAUUAGUAUUGAAAGAAUUGGGUGAAGAUUCUAAACUCUAUGGUCAACAAAGAUUAUUUGGUGCAGUUAGCUAUGGUUUAAUUGCAUUCUUUACUGGUAUAAUAAUUAAUCAUUAUAGUAUGAAUUUUUUACCAGUAAUCUAUGCUUUCUGGAUUAUAGUUUUCUUAGUUUUCUAUAUUUUCAAUCAAACCAAAUAUGGUUCAAAAUUAAAAUUAACCAAUAGUUUAAAUUCAUUUAAAAAAUUAAUAAAUGAAAAAACAAUUGGUAGUUCAGGUGAAAUUGAAAUUGAUAUAAUUACUCCAGGUGAUAAUAAUAAUAAUAAUAAUAAUAAUAAUAAUAAUAAUAAUAAUAAUGAAAAACUAUCAUUAAAAGAAAAGAUGAUGGUUAAAUCAAAAAGUAAUUCAAAUAUAAUUUCAUCAAAUGAUAUAGUACAAUCAAAUGAAAAUUUAAUUGAUAAUGAAAGAGAUGAUCAAUUAGAACAAGAUAUGGAAAUGGAAGAAAUUGGUAGUUUAGUAUUUUCUUCAAAUAAUAAUUCUUCUCAAGAUUUUGGUGAAGCAAUAUUAUCAUCAUCAUCAUCACAAAAUAAUGAAAUCAAUAAUAAUGAUAAUGUAGUUUUAUUAAAAGAUGGUGCUGAUUUUAUAAAAAAUAAUAAAGAAUCAAUUACGAUUGGUGGUGAUUGUGAUGUUGAAGAAAUUCCAAUAGAUUUGGAUAAUAUUGAAGAGAAAUUAACAAAUGGACAAGUAAUGAUAAAUAUUAUAAAGAAUCCACAAGUGAUGAUAUUUUUUUUUGUUAUGGUAAUUUGUGGUAUGACAUCAAAUAUUAUUGGAAACUUUUUAUUCCUUUUCCUUAAAGAUCAAAAGAAUGCUUCAAACUUUUUAUUAGGUUCAACUUUACCAUUCACAGUGGUAAUGGAAUUACCAUUCUUUUUCUUUGGUAAACAAUUAUUAGAAAAAGUUGGUGUUACUAAAAUGAUUAUAAUUGGUCAUUCAGCUUAUAUUAUUAGAUUAUGUCUAUAUAAUAUCUUUGUAAUUGAUUCAAUUUCACCAUGGUUCGUCUUACCAAUUGAAGUAUUACAUGGUAUUUCUUUUGCUACACUUUGGGGUGCCGGUGUUGAACAUUCAUCAAAAAUGGCACCAAAAGGUUAUGAAGCUUUCUAUCAAGGUAUUUUCAGUGGUAUCUAUUGUGGUCUAGGUCCUGGUAUUGGUUCAAUUGUUGGUGGAUUCCUUUAUCAACAUAAAUCUGCUUUCUUUUUAUUUAGAUUCACUGCAAUCAUUACAAUUAUUAGUCUUGUAGUAUUUACAUUAUCUCAAAUAUUUUAUUCAAAAAAACAACAAUCUAAUAAAAGUGGUAUAAUUAGUCAAUCACAUUUUUAA